UCGUUUUCAAAAUUAACAAACAUAGAGUUUUCCAUAGAAAUUUUAAAAGUAGUUCCAAGUGAUAACUGCGUUAGAUGAACUAAAAUUUUGUAGAUCAAAUGAACUGACAGUUGAGGGAUAUCUAUGAGUAAAAUUGACAUAACCUUGCUAAAACAACAAUUUUAAGUAGAUAAUUUUUAGUAAAUUAUCAUAAAUAAUCACAAAAGGCACUACUAUUUUUAUAAAAUGGAUAAUUACUAUUCCAUAAACGAAGAUAUUUUACUACAAUGUCCCCCAAUUUUGCGAGAUAACAUAAGCUACAUGGGAAGUAGUGACAAGAUUGGUUUAUUUCCAAUAAACAUUAAAAUUCAACCUUUAGAUAAUAAAAUGUAUCAGGAAGAUCAAAAAUUAAAUUACAAGGAUUACUUUAAAGUUGACAUACCUUAUGCAGGAAAGACCCUAACAUGGGAAAUGAUAUUUAAUAAUGAAGAUUAUGAAUUUGCUCCAGACUUUGCAUUUGAUGACCAAAAGUUUUUAAACGAUCCAGAUAUAGAUGUUAUUGAAAAAUAUCUUCCCAGUUUAGCAAAUUGGGAUGUUAAAAGAUGCCAAUCAUUGGCAAAUGUUAUUAAGGAAUUGAUUACAUUAUUUAAGAGUCAUCAGAUUUAUAGCUUAAAAGAUGAGAAAUUUACUAAAGUGUAUGCUGAAUAUGAGAAUCUCUCUACUAUUGAAAUUAAAGAGGAUGAUUUAGAAGUUUUAAUAGAAUACCCGGCUGGUUCUGUACGAUUUCUUUUCAAUAUUAGCCUUAAGAAUUAUGAUAGUUUACCAGCAUGCUUUCGAAGUGAAAACUUAGAAGAUAUAAAAAAGAAACUAAAUCCAGGAGACGUCCAAGCACUAUUGAGCGUUAUAUUUUUGAAACCUGACUGCUCGAAGGUGCAAACAACACUACACUUGUCUCCAGCAAUGGAACAAGUUGUUGGAAGCACAUCAACAUUGCAUAUACCCGUUUACGGAAAAAAGACUGAUCUGGCGGAAUAUAUAACGACUAUUAGGAAGAUACUGGAUGAAAAAUUAGAGCAGAUUUCAAAUCAAUUCAAAUUAAAGAACGAAUACAUUAGCGCCGUCUUAUCGCUACAUCGAUACAGUGUAUUGGAAUAUGAUAGUCGUUGUUUUAAUUUUAUCAUUAUACUGCUUCAAGUAGACGAAAUGUAUGCACUAGUUCAUAUUACAAUAGGAAAUGAAUUUCCAAAGGAAAAACCGAAAGUUACUUUGAGAUCUGUCUGUAAAAUGAUGAUGAAUAAACCUUUCGCGAUGGAAUUGGACGAUUAUCCUUAUAGUCCACGAUGGGAACCGAAAGAAAUGGUCACAAGACUCAUGACAAGACUCCCUGAAGCAAUUCCUGAAUUCAUAAACAGACACAACACUAGAUAAACGCAACGCAGUUUUCAUCAAUUUCAAAAGUAUUUUCUGCCUCUUAAGUUCUUACGGAUUUUAUAUAAAUUUAAAUAUGUUGUGAUUAAGAAGUAAAAAGUUAAUGAAAUAAACAUUAUUAAAUCUAU